AUUUCAUUGAAACGACUGUUAUGAAAUUGUUUGUUUAUUAAUGUAAUAUUCUCGUAAUAUUCACACGUGAUUCAAAAAUAAGCUUCAAAAUAAUAAUACAUUUGUAAAAAUAAAAUAUAUUGUGUACCGUCAUACCAUGUUACAAAAAUGGAAGCUUAUUAUUAACAAUUGGAUAAACUGUUACUUCAGUGAAAACAAUCAAGAUGACCGGACCGUUAACAUAGAAUCGUUAUUGAAUAUUAUAUCUCAUUUACAUGAGAAUCUCAACUUAGACGAAUCGAAGUCAUCUAUAUUGGAAGCGCAUACAGUUGAGGGGUUUUUGUUGGAGAAGUAUCCAGAAUUUAAAUUUGAAAAUGGAACAGUUGAAUCAGCUAAUGAGGAUGAUGCAUAUCUGGUGGCAUCAUUGCUUCUUUUCUUUGUGUGUGUGAAUUCUAAGGAUGUUGACAUAAAGAGUGCAAUGUGUAGCAAGCUGAGUGGUGAUGAUCAAGAGAUUAUACUGAAGUUCACCAAGAGCCUACUGGAGUGUAGUCCUAUCACACUCAGGGAUUUACAGGCAGCUAUUACAGAUGCAUGUGGACCAGACAUGGCAUCUGGGCAUAUGAAAGUAGCAGAAACACCACCGGCUUUGCGCUCAUUGCACGGAGAGGUACGGAGACUGCAGGCAGCACUGGACGCAGAGAGAUUUGACCGGAACUAUCUGCAAGAAGAACUAGCUAGGACUAACCUGAGGGUGGAAAAACUGAUGAAUGACAAGGAACAAUACAAGUUGGACAUAGUGAACUUAAAGGCGAAGAUAUCUUUGUGCUGUCGUGAAGAUCAGGAUCAACGCGGUACGGAGGCCGAAGCGGAGGCCUCCGAGAAAUUGCAGCGGCAGCUACAGGAUAUGGAGGAGCGCCUGGUCCGCACCCAGGAGUCACUUGAUGAUGUAACUUAUGAACGGGAUACUUAUAAAGCUAAGGUGGACGAGUUGAAACAAGACCGCGACAAAUGGCUGUCUCUCAGCCAGCAAGAGAGUGAGCGUGCCAUUCAAUUUGGCGAGGAGUUGGAAGUGGAACGAAAGCACAUGCAGGCCCUCAAAGAGCUCGUCAACGAGCUGCGUCAGCAUAACCGUCGCAAUGGCCUCGACACCAGCCUACUCGAGUGCGAUGACCCUGACACCAGCAUACAGUCCUUACAACAAAAUCUCUCUGUAUGCAGUGAGGCGUGCGCUAACGUCGUGGAAGUGCAGUUAGGUGAAGAAAGAGCUAAAGUUGAUGCUCUUAAACAACAGCUACAAAGGUUGCAAGAAGACAUGCAUGAGCUCAACCAAAAAACCGAUCGUGAAAAAGAAAAUUUCGAAAAACUACUAUCAGAACGUGACAACGAAAUUCUAUAUCUGAAAAGCCGUUUCAAUGAAACCGUUGAGAAGAAAGAUAAGGAGAUUACUGAAUAUUACAAUGAAGUAGUUAAACUUAACAAUGAUAAUAAUGAACUAGAACGAAGGAUUAAACAUAAUAAUGAACACUCUAGGCAAAUUAUUGAGCAGAAGAUGCAAGAAAUUCAAACACUACAGGAACAGAAGUUGUCUCUCCUGCAGAGUCUAUCCGAUGAGACUACCAAGUUGGAGAAUGUAAUUGCAGAACUAAGAUCGGAACUAGAAGCGGAGAAACAGGCGCGAGCCAAAAUGAGAGAUACUUAUGACAAUCAAAUGAUGAAGUUAAACGAGAAAAUAUUGAAUAGAAACAAUGAACUGGUUGAGCUACAGAACAAUGUUUUCGAAAAGAGUGAGAUGAUGGAAACCCUACAAAUGAACGUGCGCCAUCUAAGUGAGCAGAAACGUGAAGUUGAAAAUAAAUUACACAAUAAAACCGAAGAAAUGAAUGCAAUGCAACACAGCCUAGAACAAAAUAUUGCAUCAAUAUUAAAGGAAAAUGAGCAUUUCAAACUUCUUGUAGCUAGCUUCCAAGAACAGUGUGAAGUUUUGGAAGAGAGUAAAUCGCAGUUGGAGGGUGAAAUAAAAAGAUUUGGAGAGCUUCUCAAAGACACUGAAAAUCUUAAGAAUGCAUUCAGCGAAGCGACUGAAAAACUUAACUGUGAAUUGGAUGAAAAGAACGCGAUCAUAAAUACAUUACAAACACAUUUACAAGACGAAAUACGCCACAAGAUUGGAUAUCAAGAAGAGUUACAGAGGUUGCAAACAGCCAAAAUGUACAUGGCUGAAGACUUGAAUAAAUUGAAUGUGGAGUAUUCGAAAUUAAAAAUAGAGUUGACAGGCAAGGAUAGGACUGUCGAGUCGUUGGAGAUGAGUUUGAAAGAAGCCAGAGACGCAGCAGACAAGUUGAAGACUGACAACGAGAAAUUUGACCGUGAUCUGACGGAAAUGUCAAAUGAGAUCGCACACAAGAAUAAAACUAUUGAAAUACUCAACAAUACGCUUGAAACAACUAAAAAGAGUCUGGAAGAUGAGCUUAUGGAAAAGAAUGAAAUAAUUGACGAUAACAAUCACAAGAUAACUAACUUGACGUCAAAUAAACAAGCCUUGCAGAACAAAAUAGAUUCAAUUAACGUGGAGAAGACUAAACUUGAGAACGAGCUGGUGGCGAAAUCCAAACAGAUAUCACAAUUGCAGGCAGAAUGUGAGAAAUUGACUAAAACCGUUGACGAGAAUAAGAAAGCUAUCCGCAGUUUGGACCAAAACACAACAAAAGAAAAACAAAAAUAUGCUGCACUUGAAAAAACCUACGAUACAGAAACUUCUAAACUGAUGGCCAAACUGAAUGAAACUGAAAAGACUAUUAAAGAAUUAACAUCGACUUCUAAAAAGACUAUUAAGAACAAAGAACACCAAAUUCAAAUGCUUACGAGUGAACUAGAAAACACGAAAAAAGCUAUGGAAGCUAAAACAGAAAGUAUACACAUGGUAGAUAAAGAAAAAGAGGCAUUAGUUCAAAAGUUGGAAGAAGAAAUUACUUACAAGAACAAAAUUGAAAAGGAAUAUCAAAAUCAAUGCACACAGAUAGAGAGUGUGACAACCCAAUUAAAUGAAGAAUUAACUAGCAAGAAUAAUGAAAUACUUGCAUUAAAAUCUGAACUGGACAAGGCCACGAAGACCAUAGAAGAGAAAUGCAAAGAAAUCCAAGUUUUAGGAGAGCGAUUGUCUAAAGAAGAUCAACUGAUUAGAGAUUUGGCUCACCAGAAGACUGUUGAGACCAAAGAUUUCCAGAAGAAGCUUAGUAAUUUGCAAAGUGUAAAUAAUGAAUUAAAGCAAGAAGUGAAAAAAGCAAACGAAUGUAAGGAGCAAGUAAUUGCAGCAUUGCAGAAGGAAAAUGAACAACUACAGUUUGCCAUUGAAGAAGACAACAGUAGCCAUGAAGUUAUUUUGAAGGAAAAAGAUUGUAUCAUAGACAGAUUAGAGAAACAACUUAAAGUGCAUACUGAUCAACUAGAGUCACUCAGGAAAGACUACGAAAACAUCACACUAGCGUGGGAGACAUACAAGGUAGAAACCAAGGAAAACAUGCAAGCUAAAGAAGAACAAAUCAGAACUUUAACUCAGGAAGCAAGCCAGUUAAAAGAAAAUAUUUCUAAAAUGAAAAUAGAAAAGGAUGAGUUGGUCAAAAAACUAGAAGAUCACGUUGAAGAAAUGAAAGUGACCAAAAUAAAACACGAUGAACGUCUAAAAGAACUAAGCAACGACGAAAUGAAGCUUUCUGCUAUUUUAGAAGACAAACAGGUUUUACAGGACCAGUUGAUAGAAGAAAAAGCUGCUAAAGACAGACUUGAAACAGAAAAUAAACAGAAGAACGAAGAAAUUAAAGUUCUAAUUGCAGAUAAAAAUCAACUCAUAAAUGAAAAAGAAGUCCUGACGCAACAGCUUGUCGAAGAGAGGGCGGUUAAGUUAGUUUACGAGGAGGAAAGAAACUCUCUCGUUUCAGAAAAGACAUCUCUCGAGAGGAAGUUACUAAGCCAAGUAGCUACAACAGAAAAUCUAAUGGAGAGCAAGGAAUGUCUUACCCAACAGCUUGUUGAAGAGAAAUCGGCUAAAGAAAUAGCGGAGAAAGAAAAAGAGAAUAUUUUAUUAGAGAAACGACUUAUAGAACAGAAGAUAAUGGAAGUGGAGAAUGACAAAGAAGAAAUUAGAAGAGAAAUUAAUGAUUUGAUAGAAAAGCAUCGUUUGCUGGACCAGCAAUGUAUGAAAGAGAUGGAAGCUAAUGAGGCUCUCAGUGGAGAGAAAUUGAAAUUGCUACUAAAUUUAACAGAGGAACAGGCAUCGAAAGAUGUUCUAAUUAAAGAAAAUGAGUUCCUAGUCAGUCAAGUACAAUGUCUGAGAUGUGACUUGCUUGAACAAAAAACAAUUCAAGAUGUCCUCAUUGGUGAAAAAGAGGUGUUACUUGCCGAAAAAGAAGGACUUGUUAAGUCUUUAGGCGUCGAAAAGUCGGCGCAUGAUGAAAUUGAAACGGAAAAAGAUCAAUUAAUCACUAAAUUGUGCGAGUUGAACGAAAGUUAUAUAUCUAAAGCUAGCAGUGCGCAAAUCGAGCUUGAGAACCUCACUCAAAGAGUCAACACUUUGGAAAUGGAUCUUAAACAACAAGAGGAAAUGAAUAAUCAAAUAACAAAAACUUUGACUGCUGGACUUGACAAAGUUAUUGAAGGGCUUAAAACAGAGGGGAUAGCUAAUGAAUUCGUAGGGAAAAUGACCCAAUCUGACGAUAAAAUCAAUCAGGCCACUGACGAGUGUGAUAUGCUUAUAAACAUUGCUAAUAAGUUAACUACAGAAUUUGUAAUGAGGCAGAAUCUAGUGAAAGCUCUCGAACAUGGCAAUAGCUCACUGGCGGAGUUGAGAGAAGUGCUCAAACUGAAGGAAAAUCAGCUUCUUGAAAUGCAGACAGAGAUCAAGCGGCUGCAACAGAUCGUCAAUGAGAAUAAGAUUGAACUAUCAAAGCGUACCGAGACGUUUAACACGACGGUUGAGAACAAGACGAGAGAAAUACAAGCACUAAUGAAUGAGAACCAAGCGCUCACAAAUGACUUGAAUGAUGUCAAGUUACAGCUGGAAGUGAAAGUACAUUCAUUGAAGGAAAAACUUAUUGACAACGAGAAUUUGACUGACAAAUUAAAGAUGACGUACGAAUGUCAAAUAGAUAAUUUGAAUGUUAUGAUCACUAAGCUGUCGAAUUACUUGAAAGAUAAAACUUCGGAGUAUGAUGCUGUUAGAAGAGAGAAGGAACGGUUGGUGCAAACCAUAGAAGAGAAUGGUCAAGCAAUUAAAGCAUUAGAAGAAGAAAUCAAACUUGAAGUUCAAAAUAAACAAAAAUUAAUACAAGACUUCGAUGCCGAGAGGCAGAUACUUAAAAACAUGGUGACUGUUACCGAGUCUAUUAUGGAAGAUCAGAAAGUAACUUUGAACAAUAUCAUUGCGGAGCAUGUACGUACUAAUGAGGCGUUGAAAGAAGAAAAAGAAACUAUCACCAAUACGUUACAGAAAGAAAAAGAAGAUUUUGAAGCUAAAUUAAAGGAAAAAGACAAUGCUCUAGAAAUGUUACUAAAAGAAAUGGCUGAAGUGAAAACAGAAAAAGAUAGUAUUGAAAAACAACUGAAGGAAGUUAUUGAGAAGGAAAUAAAGGAUUUGCAAGUUAAAGUGGAAGAGAAAGAAAGUGCGUUCGAAUCUUUGGUUAAGACAGUAGGUGUGCUUAUAAGUGCCGAUGGAGCCUCAUUGAACAAAGAGAGUUUUGAAGCCGAAGUACGAAAAAUGAAGGAUAACUUGCAAAGUAAAAUUGUCGAAAAUAAAAAAAUCAAAGAGGAAAUUAAAGAGCUAGAGGAUUUGUUACAUAAAUAUAAAGAUGAUAUAGCUACGUUGGAAAAACGUAACGAGACACUGAAAGACGAAGCAAAUAUGGCUGAACAAAAACUACAAGCACAAAUUGUAGAAUUACAAAAUUCAUUACAAACGCAAAUGGCAACCAAUAAAGAUUUGGAAUUAACACUAAAAGAGAAAGAAGGUAAUGCCAAAGAAUAUAACGAAAAACUCGACUUGCUAAAUGAACAAAUUAAUAUUCUCAAACAAGACAAAAUUACUUUGGAGGAAGAGAAAAAAUCACUAAUUGACAAUAAUAAAGAUUUGGAAAAUAACAUGAAGCUAUAUCAACAGCAUAAGGUAGAAAACACUAAACUAAAUAAUGAGAAACAGGAUCUCAUUAAAACUAUUGAAGAUAAUAAAACAGUGGUUUCUUAUUUAGAGGCUCUGGUCAAAGAGCUUCAACAGAAGAAUAAACAACUCUCUGACGACAUUCAGAAUGGCAAACAGGACUUGGUAAGCAAGUGCGACAUACUGCAACAGUACCAUGAUAAGGCUGAAGUACAUCUCCAGGAACGAGAAAAGGAAAUUAAUAUUCUACAAAAAGAAAUAACCACGUUGAAGGCCAAAGUACAACAAUGCGAAGAAGAUUCUAAAGCCAAAGACGCAAUUCUAUCGAAAAUCAGCAAAGAAAAAGACUCCGUCAUUGCCUCCGUUACCAAAGAACUAGAUGAACUCAAGGCAGCUAAAGACAUGUUCGACCAAGAAAUACAAGAGAAGACCAAAAUUAUAAAUGAAUUGAAACAGAAUCUAGAAGAAAUUAAUAAUCAGAGAGAAGCAUUACACAUUCUGAAGAAAGAAAACGAAAAACUGAUCAAGGCUGUAGGAAUGAGAGAGACAUUUGCCGCGGCGCAAACUCAAGAAAAGACUUCGAGCCACAAGCACUCUGGUCACGCGGAGAGGGAGCUCCGCGACUUCCAGCAACAGGUAGAUAACACAUCUUCAGACAUCACACACUCAUCCGUGGAGAGCUUAAAGACCAUCACAGACUUAGAAAAGAUUAUCAACGACAAGAACCGAAUGAUCACGACGCUGCAGAGUGACGUCACGUACCUCAAGUCCUUGAUGGCCGAGUCCGAAACUAAACUACUCGACGUGACCAAAGACCUUGAACUCAGCAAGGAGAACUGCCAUCAGCUGUCUACUCAGCUAAAGAAAAUUGUACACCAGAAAAAUGAGGAGAUAGCUGACCUCAGGAAACAAGUCAACAAAAUGUCCGUCACUGAGAACAGAGCCACGCAGAUCAUAAAGGUAUCCGCCAAGUACCAGGCGAUCAUACUCAAGAGGAUUGCCGAGAUAAAGACCAACACUGUGCUGAAAGAACUCACCAACUUCGGCAACUCCAACAACUAUGACAGCGAAGUGAAACGCAGUCUCAGUGCUGGGACUGUCACCAUGGAGGAUCUCGAGAACUUCCUGGAGACCACGGACAGGCAUCUCAGAAAGUGCUCAGAAAAACAACUAGCUCUGCAAAAGGAACGCGACAGACUGACGGAAGUAAAUAAGAUCAACGAAUCGGAGAUACUGAACAUGAAGAAGUUUUUGACAGAGCUGUCGGUCAGCUUCCAGACGUUGAGCUCCAUCAAGGAAGUAUACGCCACGAAGCUGAGCCGCGUCAUAUCCAUGCAGCGCACCGUGCGGCGCGAGAUCCUGGCGCUCGAGGGCCGCGUCGCCGAGGCCACGCUGGCGCGCCUCGAGCGAGGACAUGGCGCCGCCGCGCAGGACCUGGCCGAGGCCGCGCUGGCCUUGCAGCGCUGGCUCGAGCGCUGCAUGGCACGCACCGUCUCCGCCGAGAAGCUGAAGCAGGCUUUCCUCAGCGACAGCGAGCGGACUUCGCUGGCGAGCGCCAGCUUCCAGAACGCGGGGCUGGAGGUGCAGCUGGACGAGCUGGAGAAGCUGUUCCAGCAGCUACUGGAGGACGUGGCGCGGGCGCCGCGGGCGGAGCCCCCGCGGGACGCGCAGGCCGGCACCGUCAUGGAGGUGCGCGCCGAGUACGAGGACAAACUCAACCGAAUGAAGAGUAAAAUGAAACAACUGUACACGGAGCAGAUCGCGGUGUUCAAGGAGAAGCAGCGCGGCGAGGUAAGCGCGCUGGAGGCGGAGCUGGCCCGGGCGCGCGCGCGACUCGGCGCGACGUCGCGCGCGUACGAGCAGCACGUGCGCGCGCUGACGGCGGAGCUGUGGGCCGUCGGGGAGAAGUUCCUCGCGCAGCGCGACCACGCCGCCGCCGCGCGCCGCGCCGCCAGGUCCGCCUCGCUCAUGUCGCUGCAACACGUGCACUCCGUACGUAUACACUCACAGCGCUGUCUCCAACCCAUGUUUCAUUCAUCACAUUACACGUUUAUUUUGGUUGCAGUCUGGCCUCGUACCGUUCCAAGAAGAAGUAGACCGUCCCUCCGACUCUCAUUCGCUGCGCUCUCUACCUGUACACCACGGCGCCAAACGAGUGUAUCGGCGCGGCGGGGGCUGCCGGAGGCAAGCUUCAGCGCAAGGAGGUCGGCAUCACCGCCUACAAGAAGCCAGGCCCACCCACUCCCAGUAAGCAGGCUGGCAGACUCUCCGCUACCGACUCUGAGCUCCGCGAGUCGCUGCGCGUGGAGGCCGAGCCGCAACCGUCCCGUAAGACGAGCACGCCGUCCCGCAUCCGAUCUUUGUUCCGAUCAUCCAGAAAUGAUACCGAAUGGUCAUUUGGCUUUUCGAGGCGCGCGCGGUACGCUACGCGCCGUCCGCAGACCCGCGCUUACGUUGGCCAGAGGUCAUCUCUCGAUCACCGACAUCCGGAAUGACGCCUACUGCCGCGACUGGGGCGUCAAGAGGAUAGUUCCCUCAGGCGAUCCGCCUCCUCCUUUGUGCGAUCACUGCUUUAAAGAGGAGACUGCUUCCCAGCUCCUCUCGCUACGAACCAUUGUCUCGGCAAAGGCCGGACGCGAGGCCGCUCACUUCCCCGAGGACACGGCGGAGCUCAGCCCAAACAAGGCACACAAUCACCGUAUGCUCCACCGUAUCCUUAGGGCUUAUUUUCUCCUUUUAUGUUAUGAUAUGAAGCUCGAGUAG